ACAGAGCGCGCUGCGCUGCGCUCCGGCACCCCAGCCGUGCGUAAUGAUCACGGAGACCUCCGGGAGCUUUGAAACAGGAUGUCGCCUUCCAGGUCAGCUAGAAGCGACAUGACACCUUCCCUGGUCCUGAGCUGAGGAGAUGGGGAUCUGGAUUCCUGGGUUGUUUGAGAUACAGCCUCCCGCCCUGUGGGGAUGGAAGUACUGACCCGCCAGUGUUUCUGAAGGUCUGUGUUGAUUCGGAGUCUAUUGGCAGCUCCACCGCUGAAGCAGGUGAAGUAGUUAGUCAGGAUGGGACGCCUGGUCAGUUAGAAAACCAUGCACUGUUUGUCUAAAUGGAGAGAUGGCAUGCGUGCUCAUCUUCAGUCGACUUUUCCCGUUCUCGCACCGGCUCAGAGGAACAUCAAUUUGUCUCUUAUCUCUUUUUCUGUCGUUUCUGUGCUACUGCGCGCUGUUCCCCGGCGGUGCUGUCAUGCAAAAGUCAGGUGAUCCGACGCCCGGCUGUCUGCAAGCUGAUGGUACCAAACGGCGCCUUCAGAAAUCCCCGUCCUGUCUGUUUCCGCCGGACGCCAGGAAGAGCAGCGCUGCUGAUGAGGCUCCUCAAGCCGAGCUGAGGCACUCCGCCGCGGCCCGCACCGGCAGGGAGAACACCCCCAGUCCUCCGAUGAGUCACCUGAAGUUCGGCAAUAAAAAGUUACCAAACGCCAUCAUAGUCGGCGUGAAAAAGGGAGGAACGAGGGCGGUGCUGGAGUUCAUUAGGAUUCAUCCGGACGUCCGAGCGGCUGGAACCGAAACGCAUUUCUUCGAUCGAAAUUAUGAUCGAGGUCUGGAGUGGUACAGAGGUUUAAUGCCAAGGACCCUUGAAAGCCAAAUAACAAUGGAGAAGACACCAAGCUACUUUGUGACCAAAGAGACUCCGCACCGGAUCUCUGCCAUGUCCCAGGAAACUAAGCUCAUCGUUGUGGUGCGAGACCCGGUCACUCGAGCGAUAUCAGACUACACCCAGACUUUAUCCAAAACGCCAGAUCUGCCCAGCUUCCAGGACCUGGCCUUCAGAAACCAGAGCCUGGGGAUUGUGGACGUGUCGUGGAACGCCAUCCGGAUCGGCCUGUACGCGCUGCACCUCGAGAACUGGCUGCGAUACUUCCCCCUGGCUCAGAUCCACUUUGUGAGCGGGGAGCGUCUCAUCACGGACCCGGCCGGCGAGCUGGCCCGGGUGCAGGACUUCCUCGGGCUGAAGCGCAUCGUCACCGACAAGCACUUCUAUUUCAAUCGCACCAAGGGCUUCCCUUGCCUUAAAAAGCCGGAGAGCAGCGGCUCGCCUCGCUGCCUGGGCAAGUCCAAGGGCAGAACUCACGUCCAGAUAGACAGAGACGCCAUCGAGCAACUGAGAGAUUUCUACCGGCCUUAUAACGUCAAGUUCUACGAAAUGGUGGGACACGACUUUAAAUGGGAGUAGUUGUUAGAGACUUAUCGCUACGAGGGACGGAAUACAGUAGAUACAAAACGUCAACCCAGCUGCGUUACAAUGCCAGGUUUUUGUAAAUAAUGAGUCCAAGAAAAGUAACUUCAGAACUUUCUCCACCUUCACUGUAAAACAUUAGAAGGUGGUUUAACUAGAAAAUAAAAGCCCACCUGCUGCCUGGAAAAUGAAAUU